AAAGAGGGUGGGGGUCUGGGGUAGAAUUUAUUAGUCUUUUCCAUGUUGUUUUGAAUGCCCAUGGCAUGUUUAGACAUGUACAACUCCGAGCACAAAGGUCUUUGCGCUCCAAUGAGCCCCAGAAUCUCUUUCUCCAAUGAUUUUGUUGAGUCCCAGCAGAUGAUCAAGCACGAAAGGAGCUCCAGGGAGGCUCCAGUGUCUUCAGACUUUGAAUUCUCUGUGACCAACUACUCCAUGAUGAGUGCUGAUGAGCUUUUCUUCAAGGGUAGGUUGCUGCCUUUUAAGGACAAUUGCACCAAUCACUCGCAGAAGACGACCCUCAGAGAGGAGCUUCUUGUGGUUGACGAGGAGGAAGUUUCACGCCGGCCGCCCAAGGGCUCCACCAGAUGGAAGGGGCUUCUGGGUCUCAAGAGAACCCACAUUGGCUCCAAGAAAACUGAUAAGACUGAUGGGCCCAUGGUGGAAGGCAAGAGGUCUGUUUUGGUUCAUGAAGAGGCUCAUGUUGGCAAGACCUCGACACAGGAAAUGUUGAAUGAUGGAGGGUCAAGUUGCAGAGACGUUGAGUUUAGGACAUAAUGAUGCCAUUAUGGAUGGUGAUGGAUUUGUAGAGGGUGGUGGGCAUUUUUUCGGAAGUGAGGAUGGAUUCUUCUAAUUUUUAGCGGAGGUUUGGAUAAAAAAAAUUUAGAGGCCAUGCUGAUUUGUAUUAGCUGCUUGAUUUCAACUUUGAUUCAUCUUUCUGAUGUUGGUUUAGAGUCUCACUGCUCUUCUUUGUUUCCCUUUUGGAUCUCCUAGUAGUCGGAUGUUUGGCUGUUUUCUGUACAAAAUGUUUGCAGUUGAAAGAGCCUCUGUUUGAUGUUUAGCACUAAUAUUCCCUUCUUCGAUCAUGCUGCUUAAUUUGUAUCUUUUAUUAUUAUUAUUGACUGAGACCUCUCAUUCUUUCAAGAGGUGA